GGGGCGGCGCGGCGUGCGGGCGGAAGCGCGUGGGGCGGCCGCUUCCCGCCGGGGGCCGCCAUGGACCCGCUGCGGGCCCAGCAGCUGGCGGCGGAGCUGGAGGUGGACAUGAUGGCCGACAUGUACAGCCGGAUGACGCAGGCGUGCCACCGCAAGUGCGUCCCCCCCCACUACAAGGACCCGGAGCUGUCGAAGGGUGAGAGCGUGUGCCUGGACCGCUGCGUAGCCAAGUACCUGGACGUCCACGAGAGGAUGGGCAAGAAGCUGACAGAGCUGUCGCUGCAGGACGAGGAGCUCCUCAAGCGCAUGCAGCAGGGCACGGGCACCGCCUGACCCCCCCCUCCGUGUCCCCCCCCCCCCCCUUCCCCCGUCAAUAAACUGGAGGCCUUGGGGCCAGCUGGCUGCUCGCCUCGCCCCCCAAACCCAC